UCUGAAAAGGUUCAAGUUGAGAAUUGUCGUUGCCGCCGUUUGAAACGACGCGUCUCUAUCAAAACCGGAAGUUUUAUACCGAUGGUAUAUUAUUUUCAACUUUGAACGGAGAAAACUAGCUAAACUAAGGCCCUUGGCCAUAAUGGGGUCAUUUACCUCAUUGGCAACUCAAUGGAUAGUUUUGGUACUACUUUUUGGUAUUGGUCAAGCAGCAAGGGAAAAUCCUCUUAAAGAUCCACGCAUUUGUGGUCGUCCUCAAUGUGAACCGAAAACUUCGAAAUUCAAUUAUGGCGAAGUUCUUUAUAAAUACGAUUACACUGUCUCAGUACGAACAGAAUUUGCCGGUUCCGGUGAUAAUAGUUCCGAUUUGUUUUUAAAGGCAAAUUUGGAUAUAUUUUUCCCCAAGCCAUGUGAAGGAUAUUUGCGUAUCAACGAUGCAAAGCUCUUUGAUAAAUCGGAAGCCUUCACGGCUGACAAUUCCAAUUUUGAUUCGUAUAAUGAGAAGCCCAAGGACGUAGUCGAUUAUUAUGAUACUUUGAGUAGUGCUGAAAAUAGUUUCAGUGAUCAAGAUACCCCAGUCACUGAGGAAUACGAGAAUCUACAUCCAAAGAGUAUGGAUUUGGCCAAUGAUUUGAGACAGAAUCUCUUGCGAUUUGCCUAUCACGAUGGCUUGAUAAGUGAAGUCUGUCCACUGGAGGUGGAGACAGCCUGGGUAUUGAAUAUUAAAAAGGGAAUCUUAUCGGCAUUUCAAAACACAAUGUUGCGUUUCGAUGUGGACUUUAAUACAACCGAAACGGAUGUAUCAGGUGAAUGUCAAGUGCAAUAUGCUUUAGAUGCAACCGACAGUGUUUUUGUGACCAUCAAAAAGACAAAGGAUAUUGGCACCUGCAGACAUCGAUAUGCCACUCAAUCAGUGCUGCAGACCACGCCAUACACCUUCAGGGAUGACAAGACCAUUUGGCCCAUUUUGAAUUCACAGAGCUAUUGUAAUCUAACUGUUGACAAUAGUGUCUACAAGGAGAUCAGCUGCCUGGAAACUCAUUUGCUAUUGCCAUUCUCGAAUGCCAGCUCUGGAGCUUUGACCACCAGUCAGAGCAAAUUAGAGCUGAAGGGUGAGGAAUCGUACAGCAUAAGUGAAUUCCUUGAACAGAAUACCGAGAUGAUAGAACGUCGUGCCACACUGAUUUUUGACCACACACCACCCGUUAAGCCCACUCAUGAUGAGAUAAAAGCGGCACGUGAACUUCUAGUGCAGAUGUGUGCAUCGGGCUUUCCCAAUAUUCAAAGAGAGUUCAUUGAUGUCUUUACGAAUUUUUUGCAAACCUCAAAAAGUUUGAAUUACAAAACGCUCUCCACAUUACUGCAGCGUUCGGCUAGUACCUGUGACCAGGGCAGAAAUCAUGUGCUGGAAUCUCUGCCAUACAUUGGCAGUACAGCUUCAUAUCAAGUGAUGCGCGAUCAAAUUGUAACCGAAAAGUUGACCAAGGAAAUGGCAUACAGUUGGAUGACUUCAUUGUCCUUUAUCACACGGCCCGAUGAUGAGACUCUCGAGACCUUUUAUACCAUAUUGGAGUAUGCAAAGAACAAACUAGAUCCCGAGUAUACAUUGGGAGCCACAGCUGUGGUGCAUAGCUAUUGCAAACAUCAUGAGAAUUGUGAAGAGAAUUUGAAAGUUCAGCAAAUUGUCAAUUUGCUAGAGACCGAAUUUCUAAGUCUCUAUCAAAAGUAUCGUGGGGAACGUAAGCAACGUGAACGACUUAUUGUGUUGCUAAAAGGUUUGGGUAAUAUUGGUGCCAUCUCUGAGAAAUUUGCCCAGCAUUUGCAAGGAAUUAUCAAGGAUAAUGUGAAGACACCUGUGGAGAUACGUUUGCAGGCUGUUUUAGCUUUUCGUCGAGUCGAUUGUCUUAAAUAUCGCAACUACUUUUUGGAUAGCUAUGGCGAUUAUACCCUCAAUUCGGAAUUGCGUAUCUACAGUUAUCUACAGACUAUGCGAUGUCCCGACUAUAUAUCAAUGGCCACCAUCAAAUCCAUAUUGGAGCAUGAGGAAAUCAAUCAAGUUGGUUCAUAUGUCUGGUCACAUUUAAGCAAUUUGGCGCGAUCCAAUUCCCCAGUCCGCAUUGAAGCACAAGGUUUACUCCUGAAUGAUGAAUUAUCCGAGAAAUUCAAAUUGGAUAUACGUAAAUUUUCAAGAAAUUAUGAGCAUAGUUUGUUCUUUGAUGAAUAUAAUUUUGGUACCACCACGGAUGCUAAUCUGAUAUUUGGCACUGAUUCUUAUCUGCCCCGAAUUGCUAGUGUUAAUUUUACAGCAGAUCUUUUUGGUCAAUCUGUUAAUUUCUUCGAGUUUAGCGCACGGGCCGAAGGAUUCGAAGAGUUAGUAUCUCAAGCCUUUGGACCAAAGGGUCCCUUUAAUGGUGAAAUUCUGCGAAAGAAACUCUCCUUCCUGAACCGCUGGUUGGGCAAUGAAAGUGCAGAGGAAGACGACACUUUGGAAAAUCUUUUGAAUUUGGAUAACUUACGUUUGAAGAGAAAGGCCCAACAGGGCUCAACUGCAGCUGGAGUGGAGGAGGACAUUGAUGAUGAUGCUGACUACAAUUUCGAGGAGAGUCUCAGCGGCGCUAAACGUUCGAAACGCGAUGCCCCUCCUGCCAGUGGAAGGCAACAGAGUAUUGAAAAUAAUGUGGAUAAAUUGGGUUACAAGCUAAAAUAUGACUACAACAAUCCAAAAGCUCAGUUUGGUCUACGUGUCUUUGGCAAUGAUUUGCGUUUCUAUAGUGUGGAGUCCAUGCUUGAGGUGAUGGCUUUGGCCCAGGAAUUCAAUCCCUUCCAUCAGGCCCAGAAGGUGUUGUCUGGCAAGGAAUUCACGUAUACGAAGUCAAGAGUGUUCCUAGAUGCAGCUUAUAGUGUGCCCCUGGCAGUGGGUUUACCAUUGGCUAUACACGCUUUCGGUGCCUCAUCGGUGGACUUGCGUAUCUCUGGAAAUCUGGAGCAAGUGGAUCCUGUUACGGAUUGGCAUUUCGAUGUACAGGGCAGAUUUAAGCCAUCCGUAUCGAUAGAUGUCAUCACAACAAUGCAAACGGAUAUGUUUUGGGGACAGUCUGGCAUUAAGGUCAAGAGUAAUUUGUACUCCAAUUCCGAAGUAGAAGCCAAGUUGAAGGUGCGCGGCAGAAAUUUAGUAUCCUUCUCAUUCAAUUUGCCCCAGGAUAAGAAUGAAAUUUUCAGUGCCCGCUCCGAGUUGCUUGUGAUAAGACGAGAUGAGGAACUACCCCAACCGGGCAUUGAGAAGCGUAGCUCCAACUCCACCUGCACUUGGCCAGUUCUCGAUCGAGCGAUUGGCCUGCAAAUGUGCUCCCACUAUAGUGUGCCCGAUCUGAGCAAUGCUACAACAAUUUAUCCCUCACUUUUGCUUUCGGGUCCCCUAAACUUUAGCUUGAUAUUGAAGAAAUCCGAUUUGACGGCCAAGAAAUAUGCCUUUGAAUACAAAUGGGAUCAACUGGAGACGGAUAAUCAGUUCUCCUUGGUAUUCACUACGCCCGGAUCGAAAGUGCCACGUGUUUUGUUGGCCAACGUAACGAGUGUGCCGAAUGCCUUUAAUGCUUCGGUGGCCUUUGUUAAUGGAGCUAGUCGAGCCUCUGCUGGUUGCAGUUACGAUGGCAAUCCCGACUAUAGACGCUUGGAUGUCUAUCUGGAUACAAAUGGCAAUCGAUCAUUGGAUUUGGGUAUGGAAUUAAGACGCUAUCAGGAUUUCACUGCCUGGAUCUAUAAGCCACGCAUGCUUUUGGCUGUUAACGGAAUAAACAUAACUGGUCUAGUGGGUUCCAUAAAGAUCAAUGAGAAAAAUGGCAUCAAACAACAUGAUGUUGAGCUAUCUUUUGAGACCAGGAAACUUCAGGCAAUGGUCAGUGGCAAUGUGGUGCAGAGCGAAGUGACCACAUCGACUAAUAUGACUAUUAACUAUAGGUUCCAAGCCAAUAAGAUUGAAACCAUCAACUUUGCUGGACGUCUGGUCAAUAAUGGUGAUAGAUCAAAAACCGAAUAUCGUGGCAAUAUGAAAUUACGUACCUCAGCCUAUCCGAAGCUCAAUUUUGCAUCAAAUGCCACAUGGUUGAGUCUGCAGGGUCAUACCGAAGGCAUGAUCACCUACAAUAAUGCACCAGACUAUACAAAUCCCAAUUAUACCAGUUUGAUACGUUUAAUCUUUGCUCGUUCCCAAUCUGAAAAUAUGGCUGAAGCGUCCAAGACAAGAGCAAGUCUGGAACUUAAAUUACCGAGAUCUAAGAUCGAUUAUCGCAUAUUGGUGAAACAUGAAGAGCGAAAUAAAAAUGGCACCGAACAUAAUGUGAUAGUGGGUCUAAAAUAUGCUCCAGAAAAGGAAGUCACUGGACUCUUUUCGGUUCACUUGCCCCGCCGUCAAUUGUUUGCCAUUGAUGCCUACAUGAAUGUCACAGUGCCUGACUUUAAUUCCUGUACGGCUAGCAUAAAGGUCAAUGAGAAGGCUGUAAAAGAUUAUAUAAUCUAUAUAAAUGGUUCUUGGUUCACGGGACACUCCAUAGCCAUUAAGGGCAACUACAAGGAUCGCAGUUCCAGGGUUCAGGCUUUGCAUCAUUUGAAAAUGAUAGUAGAGAGUCCUUCGUUUGAGACUACCUCCCUAAAUAUAGUCUAUCGACGCAAUCAGCUAUUGAUUUUCUAUGAUCUGCAAGCCAAAUAUGGUAAAGAUCCAUAUGGAGUGACCAUACAAUAUGCCGCAAAUGAUCACAAUCGUAACUCGAAUGCUGAAGUGCGCUUUAAGGUCAAAGAGCGGGACUAUUGGAUCACUGCCAAAGUGUUGUCAGAGCAACCAAAACUUUUGCAAUUGGAAUUGCAUGUAGACAAAAUACGAGAUGUCCAUAUUAAGCUGGGCCUGCUGAAUAUAGAGACACGCAAAGAAUUGUCAUUGGAAUUGAAGUGGGAUGCCAAUCGAGAUCCUACCCAACGUUUGGGUCUUCUAAUUGAAUACAAUAAUCCAGGCACUAAGCACUACGAUGGCAAUGUGAUGCUCACCUAUCCGGAACGUACUAUCAAUUGUGGUUUCAAUACCUAUACGGGAGGACCUAAAUAUUAUGGCAAGGCACAUGCCUCGUGGAGCAUUACGGAGGUGAUUGAAUUUACCUAUGAUGCAGGCAUAAUGCCAGGUGAACAUUUGCACAAUUGGAUACAUGCAGAGCUGAGUACACCCUUCGAGGGUUGGCAGACAAAUAGUUUGCGCGCUGGUGUCUAUAAUAUGGAUAACCUAAUCCUGAUUAACUCCACUCUCUUCUGGGCUGAUGAUCAGACUUUGGAAUUGGGCUACAAGAGCGACUAUGAUAUACGCGAUCAAUUAGUGAGCUUUGACAUACGUUUUGGCAUCAACAGCACCAUCAAGGAUAUACCCACCAUCAACAUUAAGGCCAAGCAUUGGCAAGAUAAUAGCAAAAUAGACACCGAUCUAUAUCUGAGAUAUAGUGGACAAAAUGAGACAAUCAAUACUUACAAUAUCUUGUCCAAGUGGCAGUUUUUGCGCAAUCAACGCUAUAAGAAUGUUUCGGGUACAAUGCAGUUGAUAAGCCCCUUCGAGGGGUAUCGUAAGGGUGGCCUGGCAGCUGAAUUUAUGCUCAACGAUCAGCGUCAAGUGAGCGGAGCUGCUCAACUUGGCUUCGAUAUAAGACAAUUCACCCUGACCAUGGAUGGCUAUGUGAAGAAAUUCACGGAUAAUAUGCUGACCAUCAAUAUAACCACACCGCUGGAGAAAUUCCGUACGAUAAAUGUGCGAUUUGGCCUCAAUGAGAAGAAACGUCAUGCUGUGGCAGAGGUUCGAGCACCACCCGCUGCUCUGGGUGCUGAGGCAUUGGCCGAUAUUAAGAAUCUACUCGAUUUCGAUGUUAAAUUGAGUGUGGCCACGCCCAUAGAGAACUUCCACCAGGCGGCUCUAUUCGCUAAAUUCAAUUCGGAACGUGUCGAUAUGCGAGGCUUGUGGAAUAAUUCAACUCUCGGUUUCACUGGAGUCUGGCGUAUGCAUAAUAUCACCGAUUUUGAGUAUUCCUAUUUGGUGUUUACUCCAUUGGCUGGUUUCGAGGAGAAUGGCUUUAUUGUUCAGCUCUUGCAUAGGGAUAACUUUAUCUUCCGAUUGCAUGGCAAACUUUCGCAAUAUAAAUUGGGAGCCAAGAUCAAUGGCCAUCCCAUGUCAAAGUUGAUGAAUCAAUUGGGUAAAAGUAAAUUGAAAUUGGAAACGUUCUACGAUGAUGACUUUAAUCCAUCAAUUGCUGAGGAUAUUGAUGAAAUUGAGGCGACUGAGAACUAUUUCGCAUACCAUGUUGACUUCGAGGUGGAUUCUCUGGUCUGGCCCACCAUAGUCGGUGAAGGUGAAAUCGAAGAGAUUGUCGAUUUAUAUCAAACUGUGGGACAUAUUCAAUUACCUCAGGGUCGCAUCGAAUUCAAGGAUCGUUUGCAUUAUCCUGACUACAUCAAUGUACUCAAUGUGCUGAGUGUGAGCACUCCCUUUAAUGUGGCUAAGGAUCUGAAAUCCAUAUUUGAGUAUCAUGUCGAUUUGCAAUUCAAUUCGUUCUAUCAGCGUAUUGAAUUUGAGGUUCAUGAUGCUUUGGACAAACUACAGGAAAUGGGUUUCCAAUUGAACUACACCAAAGUGGUGGAUAAUGUCAAGCCAAAGGCCCAUAAUGUGCAAUUGAAAUUGAUUACACCGUAUGAGCUCUUACGUGAAAUCGAUAUCAAUGGCAGAUUAGAAUUGGAUGAUGUGGCCUAUAAGGGAAACAUUACUUCAAUCACUUCCCAUACUCAUCUAUCUUUGGCCGCUGCUGUGGAGAAUGAAGAUAACUUCUUGGAGACCUCAGUGGGUAUUCUUUUAGAAACGGAUGUCAUACCUCACUAUGCCUGUCAGGUGUACUUUAAAAAAGAUUUCUCAGCUGUCGACAAUCUUAUCGAUAUACGUUUUGAGGUCACCGAUAAUGGCACUCUAAAUAAGCUACACAUCGAAACUGAUUGGCAUACAAAUCCAGCGUAUUUCAUCAAUGCCAAUGGCAAAGUUCAUACUACCAUGUUGCCUCUUCAGUUGGCCUCUACCUCCAUUUUGGUGACCAAAGGUCAGAGUCCUCAACUGAACUUUGAUCUUAAUUUCCUUAGCCGCAAUGGUCAGAGUAUUGCUUAUGGCACAAGGGCCAGCAAGAAGCAGGAUGUCUUCAAUGUGGAAAUAUGGACUCCUAUGAAGAACUAUCGCAAUAUUUCGAUGCAUGGCACUUUGACACGUAACAGCCGGGAUGCUCAGCGAUAUGAUGUUGUCGGUAAUCUGUAUCGAAAUAUGGCCACCUAUGGCAUAACAGGAGCUGUGCGAAUGGCCGACACUCUGCCCAUUGAUGUCACGUUGCGAGUUCAGCCCAAAACUGGAGGACGCGAUGGUGUCAUUGAAUUGAAUAUCAAUGAAGCGGGAGCAAAGAAAAUUCGUUUCUCCUUCAGUGCCAUUGAGGAUGGCAAGAUGUGCCAGAUAUCGGGUGGCUAUAGUGUUAGCGAGACCAACGGAGCCAUGGACUUCUCAGUGCUGGUAGAGAGUACAGAACCAGAAAUAGCACGCAUUAAUUUCUAUGGCAAUCUGAAGCCCGUGGAGCAGGGUAGAAUCAUUGGUGACAUCAAUUUGCAGACACCAUGGAAAGAAUUGGGCAUUGAAACGGUGCAUCUUCACUCUGAUGUGGGAGUGCGUAAUGAUAGUGGCAAAAUAAUUGGUGAAUAUAAAAUUGGCAAGCACAUCGGACGCGGCAGUUGUCUAUGGUCAUGGAUCCUGAACGAGAAUCUGCAAUUGGUGCUAGAGAGUUAUAUGGAGCGACCGAAUGCCAAGCCCAGAAUUGUGCACGCCAGCGCCAAGUAUCUAAAUCCGGGCAAAUCUUUCUUGCAACUUGAAUCCGGUGGCCGUCUGAGUGUUGACUCCAAAUGGAAUCUAGAUGUGAAUGGUAGUUUGCAAUUUAAAUCGCAGGAUGACUUUGCCUUCGGAGUCCUCACCCAGUUACCCCUGCCAGUGGGCGAUCAUCAUCAGUUAUCUGCUCUAUAUAGGGGUAAUAUUAUCAGUAAACAGUUUAAGGAUCCCAAUCUCUUUGUCGAGGGUAGCUAUGAGGCUUUGCAGGCUAAGCGUAAGCUUCUCACUCGUCUCUCAUAUCGCAAUGCCACAAACGAUCUGCUGGGUUUGGCUCAUGUGGAAUGGGGACAGAUCCAGAAUCUAUCGAUUGUCGAAGGAGACUUCGAAUUGCAGCGCAAACAGGGUGUCCGUAGGGAGUUCCAUGCCAAAUUGAUUACACCACAAUUCAAGGAUGAGCACACUUUCGCUCUCACUGGACACUAUGACAUGGCCAAUGCUGACUAUCAUAAUUUGGUGUGUGCUCUGGCCUAUCCAGCCAGUCGUCGUAUAUCAGAUUUAGAUGUUUCCUUCAGUUCAUUGACCAACAUGCAUGGAGUUUUUAACAGUACCACGCCCUUCCUCAAUGUCACUUGGUUCAAGACAGACUUUGAAUUCACCACAAAAAGUGGUCGCAGUUAUCGCUAUUGUCGUUGCCAUUGGCCCAAGGAUAGCGCCUAUUUCAAAUUGCAGAGCACUUAUGAUAGCGACAAGAACAAUGUGAAUCACAAUUUGAAUGGCAAUGUUGAAAUUGAAGUUCCUCUAACCACACGUCAUCGUGCUGACAUUGUCUAUGGACUUCAAAAGCGUCAAAAUCUGGAUUCUGGUAAUGUGAAAGUGGUUUACAACGAGCAACAAAUUCUUGAUGGCAAAUACAAACGAGUGGAACAGCAGAGACAUCCCAUCUAUAAGGACACCACAGAUAUUACCCUAGAGAAUGACAUGAAACCAUUGGGCAUACACUAUGUGAAUACAAGAGAUGUACGUGAUCCAAGUGGUUUGAGAGAUAUUAAGCACAUUGAGGUCUAUGAGUUGCGGAAUACAAAGAACUUCAAUUUGACCGGUGAGUUGCAUACCCGAGCCACAAUCAAGGCACAGGAGUUCAAGGUGGUGGCCAUUCAUCCAAAUCGAGCUGUGGUCUUGACCACAAAAUAUGAAGAUGUCAGCAGUCAGGUGGUUAGACAGCACACCAAACUGGAGUUAUCGGAAACGGCUUGGAUUGGCUACAAUUUGGAAUUGGGCAACUUUAGUAAGUUUGGCAAUGAAUCCCAAAGCUUUGCCUUGGAAAUCUUUUAUCCCAAACGCAAUUUAUCGACUAGUGGUGCGUAUUAUGUGACCGAUAAUCACUUCAAUUCCGAUUUGGCCUUUAAAUGGGCUGGCGAGGAUUACUAUGAGCAACCCAAGGCUAUACGCAGCAAAUUGCAAUGGACUGCUGAGCCAUUGGCCAGAGGAGAUCGCGAUCAUCAGACAUUUGCUCUGACCGUUUCUCAUCCAUAUCUCGAGAAGGAUAUUGAUUGCAAGGCCACAUAUUAUCGUGGCUUGGUGGACUUACUGAGAACUCACUUGACCAUUAACUAUUCUAAUGAACCAGAUCAAUUGAUUGUCUUGGGUGCCCAACUGAAGGAUCUGUAUCAUCAAUUGGGUCACACGAAUUACACAUUCAAGUUCUAUGGCCAACAUGAAGCUUCCCAAUUGGAUGUCCAAUUAAAUGGCACAUUGGCUGCACGACCAUCGUACUAUAAAACCGAAUCGACUGCUCACUACAAACGUGACAUAUUCCCGGCGAGAUAUGGUAAAUUCUUAGCUCUACUCGAUAUGAACAAAAAGGAAUUGGAAUACGAGCGUCAAUCACCUUUCCACACGGUUCGUUUGUGGCUGUUGCCAACCAUGAAAUACCCUCUAUAUGGUCUGAAUGCAACUGUUUGGGAUACCCCGGAUACAAAUCAUUCGGGUUAUGUCUAUGUUGACUUGGCCGAACGUUAUGCCCGCAUGGACUUCAAUUUAACUGAAGAUGCCACCCAGAAUUUACAAAUGGUCGGCUAUAUACCCGAUACUCGUAGUGGUUAUUUGGAUGUCUGGAGAAAUUAUGAGGAAAUUCGCAUCAUAGAUGUUAGCUCGUAUCUGAAAAUGAAUCAUUCACGUCUGAUAACUGGACGCUUCCAUUGGCGACCCACCAUCAAGAGUGAACUGAAGCAGAAAAUCAGUGGAGUAGGCAAUUCCAUUUAUAACUCCUUCUCGGAUGGCAUUGAUUUUUGGAUUAAAUCAGUAUACACGGAAUCUGUAGAAUCAGUUGGCGUAGUUUGGAGCACAGCUAAGGAAUAUAAUAAGCAAUUCAUCGAUGAUAUUGGACAGUUAAGUGUUUUGGAUGAAGACUUGGAGGAUCUACGUCUAUUUGUCAAUCAAUCGUAUGAGGCCAAUGAUUUCUAUAUCAAGGAUGUGGUCAAUUUCACAUUGACUAUUCUCGAUGAGUUGGCCAUACGUGAUCAUAUUGAAUCACUACCGAAAAUCUUCUCCGAAUUGUGGCAAGCCAUGGGUGAUUCGGGUAAAGCCUUACGCAACAGCAUUGUCUGGCUAAUAGAGACCAUUAAGACCACCUACAAUAAUCUAUUGGUGGCUGUUAGCCGUUUCUUCCAUGGUGAGAGUUUAACAUACAUUUCAACGCUAAUGGAAAAGGGUAUCGAAAAGUAUGACAAAUUUGUUAAGGAAUUGCAUAUCAAGUUUAUUAAAUACAUUGAAAACUUGUGGCACAAGACCUGGACUCUGGCCGAGAAUCAUUGGAAGAAUGUACUAAAACGUUUCGAGCCGCAUAUGUUUAAAUUCAUAAGUUUCGUAGAGACAACAGCCUGGGAUCUGAGCAAAGAAGUUUUCGAUUUCAUCUAUAAACGUACCAAUGAAUUGGCCGAGUCCCCGUAUUUCAAUAAGGUUUCCAGUUUCACAGCCGACGCUGAACGUUUGUAUCGCGAUUUUAAGGCCAAUGAUGCCAUUACGAAUAUCAAAAAGUAUUCAACUCUGGCCUGGAAUUUCGUCAAAGAGAAAUACUUUAAAUUGGUGCCAUUUGGCGCCGAGUUGAAUGAGGUACUUACCGAAAUCUGGCAGGAAUUGAAGGAACUGGAGAAAAUUGAGCAAGUGCAGCUUAUGGUACAAAAGUAUUAUGAAAUUUUGGCUCGACUCGAUUGGAUAGCCGAUGAAUUGCAAUUGGAACAUCGUUUGCAUCAGAUUUAUGGUUUGUUGAGAAACAAAUUCCGCAACUAUGCCAUGAAUGCCCUGGAAACGGCUGACAUGUAUAGAGAGGCAAAGACGAAGUUUGUCUUCGAUCCCGAAGUGGGUAUAAUCGAUUUGGAGCAAAAGUUACCCAUGUCUUGGCAUGCCUUCAAUGAGACACCCAAAUUUGAGGAGAUACCCGAAUAUAAGGUUUUGUCGAAAGUGCAAUCUUUCCUAUCGGAAACCAAUUCAUCCAUAAUCAUGAAGCUCUACAAUAUGCGAGCCCAUUUGGAUCCCAAGACCUGGUUGCCACCCUAUUAUUCACGAGCUUUGUUAAUUGACUCUCGUCAUUAUAUGACAUUUGAUCAACGUUUUGUUGGCUUGAAUUUGAACUACGAAGAGAUCACAAAUGGUAGACGAAAUCCCCAAUGCAGUUAUCUGUUGGCUCACGAUUUCUUCAGACGAAACUUUACUUUACUCUUAGAGCCUGGAGCCCAGCCACAAGCAGGACGUGUUAAGGAAGACUUCUCCACACGCAAGUUGAGUUUUAUAGCCAAUGGGCAAUUAAUAGAAAUUGAUUUGGGUACAGAUCAUAUCAGCAUAAAUGGCAAUCCUCAGCCAGUUUUACCUUUGAAAUUGGAUGCGGUUACCAUUUACCGAGAAUUGGAUGUUCUAUCUAUCACUUCGGAUACUCAGUUUAGUUUGCAUUGCAAUGUCCAAUUUGAUCUUUGCUGGUUCGAGGUUAGCGGUUGGUAUUUUGCCAAAACAGCUGGUCUAUUGGGGACUCUAAAUAACGAACCUUUUGAUGAGUAUACCAUGUCGAAUAGCCUGAUAACGAAUCAAACUGAAGAGUUUACAGACUCAUGGAGUUUGCAGCAUUGCAAGCAAACGCAAACAGCCAAGAGGCAAGAAAUCAGCAAGGAGGUUCAUGAAUUGUGUCAUAGUUUCUUCCGCACUGGAAUCCUAUCGGCCUGUACCGCCGUACUCGAUCCCGCGCCCUUCUAUGAAAUGUGUCUCGAUCUGGGCAUGAAAUCUCAGCCCAUACGCAAGGAUCAUCCGGCGGUGAAGGGAGCAUGUGCUGCUGCGUUGGCUUACAUUGAGACCUGUACGGCCAUGAAGGUGCCCAUGCGAGUGCCCACACAAUGUGUUUUCUGUCAGUUAUCAAAUGGUUCGUAUGUGCCAGAGGGAACUUUCAUGGAUUUGACUGGCGCUGAUAUACCCCAAAGUAGUGAUGUUGUCUUCAUAGUGGAGGCCAAGGACUGUAACGCCAAUUUGAAAGAAUCAAAGAACAUUUUAAGUGUUGUCUCCAGCAUUGAAGAGCAAUUGCAGGCAGCCAAGUUGACCAAUAAUCGCUACGCUGUUGUGGCCUUUGGCGGUGCUUCACCGUAUGAGAAACAGCGUACCAUUAUCUAUGAGCGCAAUGUCUUUACCAGCAAGCCAGAGCUAUUGGUCAAUUACUUUGAUCACAUCAGCACGGGAAAUAAUGGUAGCAGUGACAUCACUCAGGCCAUUCAUGCAGCUGCUCAAUUGAAUUUCCGUCCGGGUGUAUCGAAGACAUUCAUUCUGUUAUCCUGUAGCAGCUGUGCCGCAAAGGAUAUGCGCUAUGAUUAUACCUCCAUUUUGCAGUAUAUGCAAGAGGAGGGCGUCAAUUUGCAUAUUCUAGCCGAUACGGAAUUCGAUUUUGAACGUACACGUAAACUGCGUCACUUCUUUGGCUUGGAUCGCGAGUUGGUCUAUUCGAAGCGUUUCCCCGAGGGAGAUGCUGAGACACGCAAACAGGUGCAUAUACCGAAGAGUAAUCUGGGCAUUUGCACUCCCUUGGCCUUGGAGACUGGCGGCUCAGUGUUUAGUGCCCGAAAAUUGGCACCAGAACGUAAAUAUCCGAUCAAACGAUUUGCCACCAUAUUUGCCAAACGUGUGGCACAAAGUGCCACGCCCAGUAGUACACAGAGAUGCGAGUGCUCGGCCUAUAAUACGGGAGUGGCUUAUGUCUCUUGUUCGCCACGCUCAUUGCCCGAGGAGAACGGAAGUCUCGAUGAAUAUGACGAUUUCAAUGAUUGGGAAUGGGAUGAUGAAGAACUGGACGAUGAAGCCUAAACAGAAACUUCUGUUUAAUUAGUUCAUAUUAAACGAUUAGUUAGUUAGUUUAGUUAUGUGAAAGCGAAAUGUAAAGUUUUUUAUAAUAAUAAUGAUACACACACAAACACA